CAAGAAGGCAAGAAGUUCGCGCUCUGCUGAAGUUUGUCGUCGGUGCUUUGCCCCUACAGGCCUACGCAAUGUCAAAACGCGAUUUUUGCUCUCUGAUCUUGCCACAGCGAGUACGCAGGCGUCUCCAAGAGGCCGGUGUCGAAAAUGACGACGACCUAAUGGCAGCCGGUCCGUCUUUCGCGGCCGAGACGACGUUGGUUUUCGAAAGACGACGAGAAACUCCAGUCUUCAAGUUUGACACCGCUUCUGAUUGCCUCAAGCGCAGCGAAAGCACGCAGCGCAUAGCGACGUGGGUUCCCAGCAUCGACGCUCUGCUAGACGGAGGCAUUCCACGGCGCAAGAUAAUCGAAGUUACAGGCGCCGCCGGCACCGGAAAGACCCAGUUCUGCAUGCAGGUAGCGGCGUCCAACGAACUGUCGAAGAAGUCGACCGUUUACGUAGAUUCCAAGGGAGGUUUCACAAUAGCGCGGUACCGAGAAAUCUUGGAGGGAACUUCGAGAAGGCAGGAGUGGAGCGGUGCGAUGUGUGGUGGCGAUGGCGGCGCCGGCCUUCGCUACGCGUUGUGCGACUCGUGGCAGCAACUGGUUGCCGCAGUUUGGCUUUUGCCCGACAGACUCAGAAACUGCGAAGCGAAGGAAGAGGUAACGUUGGUCGUGUUAGACGGCUUCGACUUUCACCUGAGGAAUCAGCUUCACGAUCCCCGCGAGAGGAAGAAAGUGCUCAGCGGCCUGACGCAGAAGCUCGUCGAAAUCGCGAACUGCGGUGCGGCCGUGCUCGUCACAAAUCACUUGUCCAUGAAGCCCAGCCACAGCGACCCGUCAUCCCUCGUGAUUGCUCCAGCCUUGGGACAGGGUUUCGGGCACGAGUGUGCGUACAGGGCAACGUUCGUCGGAGAGGACGGUCUCUAUAAGGCCAUCUUUUACAAAGCGCCAACUUUCGGGCGUACCGUGGUGUCGUUUAGAAUACAGCGUGACGGAAUCGUUGAAGAGACGGAUGGUUUCUAAACACGAUGGCUAUGCGCAGAUAUGAGCGCCAUGGGUACAUGCGAGACUUGCGAGUGACAUUAUACAAUCACAAUGCUAUUUUAACUGGCCUGUUUAACCACUGCCGUGUAAUACACUAUAGUAUAGUUAAUUUGACGUUAUGUGCAAUAAUGGUUGCCUUAUGUUGUACAUUUGUCUUGUCACACACUAUUUAUGUUAAGAAGGCGGAAGCUUAGGGAAAGGUCAAGGCUUGAAGUGAUGAGAAGUCUUGAACAAGAGUUCUCACUGGAGCCAACAUUUUUACGAGACAAGUCCCCUUCUCAAAGUUCUGGCUCCAGUGACAUCACUUGUUCAACAAUUACUUGUCACUGUUUAUCGUGUCACAAUACCUUAUUCUGGUACGUGGUUUGUCUGGAAAGAUUGUAAAGUUUUCAAGUUUCACCACUGCAGAAUAUUGACAUUCGUCGAUGAGGUUGCGGCUGCAAUUAAUCCUACAUGCCAUGUCUAUGUGAGGUGGCGCAAGCAAGGUUCCACUGUAGAGCUCUGCGUCUAAAGCUUUUAUCUCAAUAAAUGUGGUUCUUCUUUAA